AAACAAGUGCAAGGUAGUUUAAUAUCUCCAAACACUAAACCACCGCACUUGUAGCUGCUAACAACCGCAAAUUGUCCUCUUCCCACAAUACAUACCCACAUGUUACAAAUCAUUCUUUCAUCUUCUUCUUCGUUUGACUAAUAAAUUACACAAGAAAUUGACCAAAAAUGGCGAAGCUUGAAGUGAAAAUGGAGGUGGGUUCUGACGGUGUUGCUGUUAUCACCAUCUCCAAUCCACCUGUUAAUGCCUUUGCUGUCUCAAUUAUUGCUUGGCUGAAAGAGAAGAUCAGUGAGGCUAUGAGCAGAGAUGAUGUAAAAGCUAUCGUUUUGACGGGCAAGAAGGGCAAGUUUUCAGGUGGAUUUGACAUCAAUGUGUUCCAAAAAGUACAACAAACUGGCAACUUAUCUCUUCUACCCGAUUUAUCCAUUGACCUUGUGGUCAAUAGAAUCGAAGAUGCAAAGAAACCUAUAGUUGUCGCAAUAGAAGGACUUGCCCUUGGGGCUGGAUUAGAAGUUUCAAUGGGAUGCCAUGCGCGCAUUGCAGCACCGAAGGCACAACUUGGCUUGCCGGAAUUGUCUCUUGGAAUUAUCCCAGGAGCUGGAGGUACCCAAAGACUUCCCAGGCUUGUGGGAUUGCCAAAGGCGAUCGAUAUGAUGUUGACAUCUAAACCAAUACUCUCCGAAGAAGGGAAAAAACUAGGUCUAAUUGACGCUAUUGUGCCUCCUCAAGAACUGCUAAAAGUUUCUAGACAAUGGGCGUUAGACAUUGCGGAAAAACGUAAACCGUGGACGCGGUCCCUUCACCGCACAGACAAAAUUGGCUCUUUGUCAGAAGCACUUGAGAUAAUUAAGGUUGUGCGUCAACAAGUCAAACGGUCCGUAUUUAAUAUGCCACAGCACCAAGCAUGCCUUGAUGUUAUUCAAGAAGGCGUUGUGCUCGGAGGAUACCACGGUGUUUUAAAGGAGGGCAAAGUUUUCAAUGAGCUCGUUGUUUCAGACACAUCAAAAGGUCUUUGCCAUGUGUUCUUUUCACAACGUGCAACCUCAAAGGUGCCUAACGUUACCGAUAUUGGGCUCAAGCCCAGGCCCAUCAAGAAAGUUGCUGUGAUUGGUGGAGGUUUAAUGGGUUCUGGAAUAGCUACCACCCUUAUAAUUAGUAAUAUAAACGUUGUUCUUAAAGAAGUCAAUUCUGAGUAUCUUACAAAAGGGAUAAAAAUGAUAGAAGCAAACGUUCGAGGUUUGGUUGCAAGAAAAAUGUUGGCACAGUCAGCAGCUGACAAAGCGUUGUCGAAGAUUAAAGGUGUUUUAGACUACUCGGAAUUCAAGGAUGUAGAUAUGGUCAUUGAGGCGGUUAUUGAAAACGUGCAACUAAAACAAAAAAUCUUUAGCGAGAUUGAGAAAGUAUGUCCUCCUCAUUGCAUUUUGGCGACCAAUACGUCUACCAUUGAUCUCAAUUUGGUUGGAGAGAAUCUAAGAUCUCAAGAUCGAGUUGUAGGCGCACAUUUCUUCAGUCCUGCGCAUAUGAUGCCACUUCUGGAGAUCGUUAGAACCGAAAAGACUUCCGCUCAAGCGAUUCUUGAUCUCAUGACAGUUGGAAAAGUUAUAAAGAAAGUUCCGGUUGUUGUGGGAAAUUGUACGGGUUUUGCGGUUAAUCGUACGUUUUUUCCGUACAAACAGAGUGCACACAUUCUGCUUCAUUUAGGUGUGGACUUGUUUAGAAUUGACAAAGUGAUCAGCAGCUUCGGGCUCCCAAUGGGCCCGUUCCAGCUUGAAGACCUAACAGGAUAUGGUGUAGCUAAAGCUAUAGGUAAAGAAUUUGCUACGGCUUUUCCCGACAGAACAUUCAACUCUCCUGUAGUUGACCUUCUAAUUAAAAAUGGACGUAACGGUAAAAACAAUGGAAAGGGUUAUUACAUCUAUGAAAAAGGUAGUAAACCGAAACCUGAUCCCUUGGUGCUACCGAUUAUAGAAGAGUCUAGAAAGCUCGCUAAUCUUAUGCCACGAGGGCAGCCUGUAUCUAUAACCGAUCAAGAAAUAGUAGAAAUGGUAUUGUUUCCCGUAGUGAAUGAGGCAUGUCGUGUUCUAGAAGAACAAAUUGUUGUUCGAGCGUCAGAUCUUGAUAUUGCAUCAGUUCUUGGAAUGAGUUUCCCUAGAUACCGUGGUGGCAUCAUCUUUUGGGCAGAUUUGGUUGGAAGUAAACAAAUUUAUGCAAGUUUAAAAAAAUGGUCCGAAAAAUAUGGCAAUUUCUAUAAACCGUCAAGAAUCUUGGAAGAACGAGCGAUGAAUGGUGUACCACUGAGUGCACCUGUGUCAUCUCCUACAGGAUCUAGGGCUCGCCUCUAAGCAACUACAAGAACACGAGUAUAUACGCUUAAAUUGAGUUAUGUAUAUAGCUGAUAUUGAAUAAACUGAUCUUUUAAUUUAGUCCAUAAGAUUUAAACAGUAUUAUAUGUUUGAAGAGUCUUGUUUUAUCUUUAAAUAAUUUGGGUUAAAAAACUAUUUGUUGAGUAACUUUUUUAACAAAAAAAAAAAAACUGUAUAUAUUCAAACCG